CUGAAUACGGGUGGGCAAAUAACGCUUGCUAGGAGGGGAGCUUUCGCUUGGGCGAGACUUGACGGAGUUUCAUUUCUGUUUAGAUUUACAAGGUGCAUGGAUGUUCUAUAAUGACGCGUGUGCAAAAACAAUGCUGUUGCUAGUGUUCAUUUAAAACGGUUUCCGCUAUAAUUAAACUCUGUGGCGCUUUGCUCACAGCUCGGCGGAUGGACAGUGAGGUUCAGAGAGACGGGAGAGUGCUGGAUUUGACCGAUGAUGCGUGGAGGGAAGACCGGCUGCCCUACGAGGAUGUAACGAUUCCCCUGAGUGAACUUCCAGAAGCGGAGCAGGACAAUGGAGGAUCCACAGAGUCAGUCAAAGAGCAAGAAAUGAAGUGGUCUGACUUGGCUCUGCAAAGUUUGCAUGAAAAUACUCCAAGUACUGGGACAUAACUGAUUAGGUGUAAUUUUAUAUCAGCAGGUUUGAAUGCAGGUUGUUGAGUUAUGUCGUGUGUCUGUUUAUUCAUACACUGUUGUUCAAAUAAAACUUUGAGACAUUGGGCAC